AUGUUCAAGGAAGUCAGACUGGAAGUGUCCCUGCCUGUGCUGCUGUGCGCCAUCUGUCUCCUCGUCCGGCCGUCGUCCUCUACCCACCACCAGGAGUCAGCUUGCUUCUCCUCAGAUGACUCGAAGCUCCUCCAGGUGACCAUCCCUGCCGCCCCGCCUGUGGCCGCUGUGCUGGGCGGCUCUUUGACGUUACCCUGCCUGGUGUCUCUGGCGCACCCGCCGCCUUCCCCCUCCACCAACGGCCGCCACGCCGUGCUGUCCCUCCCGCGGGUCAAAUGGAGCGUGCUGACUCACGGCCGGGAGGCGGAGAUCCUGGUGGCGCGCGGCGACAGGGUGCGAGUCAGCGAGGCUUACAAGGACCGAGCCUCGCUGCUCCAUUACGCCUCGUCCCCCGCCGACCUCACGCUGCGGCUGGAUAGCCUGAGGCAGAACGACACCGGCUUCUACCGCUGCGAGGUGCAGCAGGGCCUGGAGGACGCCGACGACGUGGCUCAGGUCAAAGUCAAAGGGGUGGUUUUUCAUUAUCGUGAUGCAUCCAGCCGCUACGCCUUCACCUUUGAGCGAGCCCGAGAGGCCUGCAAGGAGAUCGGGGCUCAGAUUGCCACUCCGGAGCAGCUCCAGGCUGCCUACCACAGCGGAUACGAGCAGUGUGACGCCGGCUGGCUCUCAGACCGCUCAGUGAGAUAUCCCAUCCAGAUGCCAAGAGAGGGCUGUUUUGGGGACAUGGAUGGAUUGCCGGGAGUGAGAAACUAUGGCCUGUUAGAGCCUGAUGAGCUGUAUGAUGUCUACUGCUACGUGGAGAAUAUCGAUGGUGAGGUGUUCCAUGGCUCCGCCCUCCAGCGCUUCAACUUCUCGGAGGCCAAGGCCUACUGUCUGAGCCACGGCGCCGAGCUGGUCACCACGGCUCAGCUGUACGCAGCCUGGAGCGACGGACUGAACCUCUGCAGUCCGGGCUGGCUGGCAGACGGGAGCGUGCGCUACCCCAUCGUCACCCCCAGAGAGCGCUGUGGAGGCGGCGAACCCGGGGUCCGAACUGUCUAUCGCUACAGCAACCAGACGGGCUUCCCCGAGGUUCACACUCGACACGAUGUCUACUGCCUCAAAAGCAAUAACGGCGCUUACACAGAAUCUCCUCAGGAUUUCCUCGCCACUAAACCAGAGAACAUUGGCCAGGACAUUGUUUUCUUAACUAAUCCUGCGGAGGAGGAGUUUGGGCGGGGCGAGGCGACGGCAAAGGAGGGCGAAGAGGUCCAACGUCCCCGCACGGCCAAUCCUGUACAGCAGAGCCACAUGGAGGCUCAGGCCGUCACAUUGAGUUAUGACAAGCAACCAUUCACGGUAGACAUUCGUGAGUCUGUCCAAGACGGCGACAACCCAGACGCAGAUCAUGACGAGUCUCACACGUUUCCAACAACUUCUCCAAAGGCAGAUGGUGGGGUAACAGUCGAUGAAGACUCCACUUCACCCGCAAAUGAUUCAAUUCCAGCGAGCGCAGAGCCCUCAGAGCAUCAUAUUUCUGUGACUGAAAGCCUCGGAGAGACAGCUGUUAAUACAACAUCUGGAGCUGAUGCAAGCGAGCUCCUCAGCAGCUCUCCGGAAGUUCCUCAGGAGGGCGACCUUCCUGUUCUACAAGAGGACCACACUACAGAUGCUCACCUGGAUCUCACUUCUGAAGCCCAGCACGUCUACUCGAGCACAUCCUACGAGGUCUCUGGGCAGCCAGAAGAGGCCAGCGCUGGUUCUGCCGAGGAGAUAUCAGCGGCGACGUUUUCACCCCACACCGAGGAAACGGGUGUUUACUCGACCGCCCCGCUGCUGCCGUCUUUUGAUCACAGUACGCCUGAGAACCAUCAGGCAGAAGAGGAGUCUGGAGAGGAGAGUGUAAACCCUCUUCUAGAUGAGGCAACACAAACGCCAGUGACUCAAAGUUUGGUUGGCAUGGACACCUCUGCCCCCUCUGAACUGGCCCCUAGGUCUGGUUUAGGUUAUGAUCACAUCGCAGAGCCCUCAGGUGUAGCCGUGGAGACGUCCCCCCCGGUCCGGCACGAUGAUGAGGACUCCAGCAGCACUUCACAGGAGACCGUUUCAGACGAUCCAACCGACCACAGCGGACACGUUGACCCUGCAGAAACCCCGACAGCAGAGGCCUUCGCAGUCACAGAGGACUCCAGUGUAAACGCCCCGGUCCUGAACAGUGAUCCCGUCACCUUUUUGACAUCGCCUGCGUCUGUAACCCCGUCCCUUCCUUCUGUGGAGGUUGAAGCCAGUGCCCCAGAGAUUACAACCUUCAUACCCAAAAGCGACACUCCAUCUGGGGCCGAUCCUCUGGUCGAGAUCCAGGACAAACUCGAAAGGGAGGUAUUAGGAGAAAGCCCAGAGGUAUUCUUCAACAAAACCCCAAAUAUCACAGACAGUGAUCCGGAGGGGAGGGAGCAAGGUUCAAGAGAGGGAUUGGGCGAAUCGUCAGGAGGAAGCGCAGAGCUGACAAAUCCGACUCUGUCAACGGACCACAGGUCUGCGGGAACGGACAGCGAGGAUGCCACUGAAGCCAGCUCCCCAGAGAUUAUAACCUUCAUACCCGAAAGCAACACUCCAUCUGGGGCUGGACCUCUGGUCGACAUCCAGGACAAACUCGAACGGGAGGUAUUAGGAGAAAGCCCAGAGGUAUUCUCCAACAAAACCCCAAAUAUCACAGACAGCGAUCCGGAGGGGAGGGAACUAGAUUCCGGAGAGGGAUCGUUUGAAUCGUCAGGAGGAAGCGCAGAGCUGACAAAUCCGACUCUGUCAACGUACCACACGUCUGCGGGACCGGACCGCGAGGAUGCCACUGAUGCACCUCAUCCAGCAGAUGUAAAAAUCACGCUGAUCCCUCAUGGGAGGGGCUGGGAACCAGAGGCUUCUUCUUCGUCCUCCACAGCGCAGGAGUCUCGCUCCGAACUGGAGUACAGCGCAGAGCCUCCUGUGGCUGAUGGAUUUGAAGACGUCUCUAAGGAGCCAGAAGUCGUGACUGAGAUCCCCACCAGCGGCAUCACUGAACAUGGAUCAUCAGAGGGCGGUGCAGGGAAGACCAGCACGGAGGAGCCUUCAGUUAAAGUAUGCACAUGGCAUCCAGAUAAUGAGGAGGAACGCUCCGGUCCGACGCUCAGCAGCGACGGCAGUGACGUGACAAUCACCGCUCCCCCCGCUUUCCCAGAGUACUUUGCCAUGGCUGCCAAAGUUUCUGCUGCAGGACCAGGAGGCAUUUCAGCUGCAGACUCCUGCCUGGACAACCCGUGUUUGAACGGAGGCACUUGUGUUGACGGGGAGUCACCGAGCUGCAUGUGCUUACCCGGUUACGGAGGAGACUUGUGCCAGAAAGACCUGGAGGUGUGUGAGCCCGGCUGGGAGAAGUUCCAGAGCUUCUGCUAUCAUCACUUUUCCAAGCGGCAGAGCUGGGAGGCGGCGGAGCAGCACUGCCGCAUGUGUGGCGGACAUCUUCUUUCCGUCAUGACCCCCGAGGAGCAGGACUACAUCAACGAAAAAAAAAAACGGGGUACUUUGGAGGACCGCACGGGGUACCUCUACGAGAACUGGUUCAGAGGGCAGCCUGACAGCUACUUCCUGUCAGGCGAGGACUGUGCGGUGAUGGUGUGGCACGACGGCGGCCGCUGGAGCGACGUGCCGUGCAACUACCACCUCUCGUACACCUGCAAGAAGGGCGUCUCAUCGUGUGGCGAGCCCCCCAAAGCUCCCAACGCUAAGGUGUUUGGGAAGAAGCGGUUGCGUUACGAGACCAACACCAAAGUGCGGUACUACUGCGAGGAGGGCUUCGUGCAGAAGCUGAACCCUGUAAUCAAGUGCCUGCCCGGCGGCCGAUGGGAGGAGCCUCUGAUCACCUGCAUCCCAACCCAUUCGAUGGAAGAAGACUCAGUGACCUCACUUCCUCUCCAGCACGAGGAGGUCACGGGCACGGCCACAGAGAAAGCAGCGCCGCGGUUCUGGGACAUUAAGUGGAACGUCUGAAGCCAUUCUGCCUUUUUUUCUUUAAAAAAAAAAAUAUUUCACCUCCUCUUUUCCCCAAUUUUCGUGUGUCUUAAAAGACUUUCCAGUCCAUUAUAGUAAGUUAAACUGUAGAAAUCUAAUUUUUCAUAUUAAAAUCAUCUCAAGGCCACAGUUCCUACAGUCCGGAAAAACGUGCUUUAAUCCAAAUACUUGUUUUUUAAAGUGAGCUUAAAGUGAAUUUGGACAGUUGAUAAAAAAAAAACCUGAAUGGCUCUUAAUUUAGAGAUUCCUGAAAAACAAUGGCACCCAAAAUAGCUUUCAUAUAAAGCAGUUAUAUCAAGAGAUAAGAGAGGAUCCUCCACACUGUUCCAACACUCAACAGUGGGCUUUUAUCAGCAGACGACCAUUUGAUUCAACAUCUAUCUUCCUUUUAUUCUUUUUUUUUUUUUUUUAUCUCCGGACACUUUGUAAGACCCUCUCUUAUCUUCUGUCUUUCACACAGAAGGAAAACUGUUAUGCAGGACAACAUGUUUUAUGUGAGAUGGUCAUAUAAACGACCUGGAAUCUAAUUAACAAAAUGCAUAUGAAUCCUGACGUUUUCUUUACAACUCAUUUAUCAACAUCAACAUCAGAAUAUGUCAAUAUUUCAGAGACACUUGUUAUUAAUCCCGUUAAUGUAUCAGUCUGUGAGACCCUAAAUAAACCAAAUUAAAUAACAGUA